GAAGAAAAAAAGAUCUCCCUGCAGAGAUGGCCGAGUGUUCAACACUGGAGAGUCUAAUUGAAAUGGGAUUUUCAUCCACUAGAGCGGAGAAGGCGUUGACUGCUACUGGCAAUCAGGGAAUAGAACCAGCUAUGGACUGGUUAGUAGAACAUGAAGAUGAUCCUGAUAUUGAUGAGCCAAGUGUGGUUGUUCCUGAAGGCAGUAGUACUGAUACAGCUGAUACAACUGAUACAACUGAUACAACUGAUACACAAGGCAUGGACACCAGUGCAGAAAGGCUUCCCUUGACCGAAGAGGAGAAAGAGAAACAGACAAAGAGGAUGAUGGAACUCGUUGCCCAAAAGCAGAAUGAGCGAGAAGAACGAGAGAAGAAGGAAAGGAUUGAACAGGAAAAGCAGCGGCGAAAGCAUGGUCAAGAACUGUCCGCAAUCAAGCAGAAAAUGCAAGAACAAGAGAUGCAAAAAGCAGCUGAAGACAGAAGAAGAGAAAAACAAGAAGAGAAGAUGGCAAGGGAAAGAGUCCGGGAAAAAAUUGCACGAGAUAAAGCUGAUAGAGCAAGAAGGUUUGGGGGAGCAAGUUCAGAGCCAAUCUCACCUCCAGCAGAGACCUCUAUUCCAGCUACCACUCCCUCCCCAUCUUCUCCAGUACAAGAGCCCCCCACUAAGAAGGAAUAUGAUCAGUGCCGUAUCCAGGUGCGCCUGCUUGAUGGAUCAGCCUUAUCUCAGACGUUCCGUGCUCGAGAGCAACUUGCUGCUGUGCGUCUGUAUGUGGAGCUGAACUGGCCUGGGGGACCUCCAGGGCCAUUCAGUCUCCUCACAAGCUUCCCACAAAGAGUUUUCACAGAGGAGGACAUGGAAAAGCCCUUGCAAGAACUGGGUUUGGUGCCUACUGCAGUCCUGAUUGUUGCCAAAAAAUAAAACUGCACAUGAAUCACUUGAACAGAUCGAAUGCAGUGUCUGCUCCCCAGAAGCCAAGAACAGCGCAGACUGCAGGACUGGCCUAUCUCUCCCUGGGAAGACAACACACUGACUGAUCUUCACUCUCCUCCCUGAGUUGUACUGUAGUGUGUGUAUGUAUUCAGAGGGAGAAAUAAAACCAGUGUGAUAUAAACAUCCACCCUUCAUGAUACAAAGUUAUUCUGAUGUAAAAUGAUCUGCUCUGCUAAAAGUUGAGUACCUUCUAUUAAAUAAUCAACUUUUACUGA